GGGCUCACUUUCCCGGCUUGAUGUGUGUCAACCCAAAAGCUAUAGUUUGCAGGCCUAACAAGAAGCGAAUUUGGUGGCAAUUUUUACGACUGCCCGGCGGCCUUGUAUACAUGUAGAUCCCCACCCAACGUGAACAGAAAAGCGUCCGGUUUGUUUGUUUACGUUUUAAAGCAAAAUGCCUGGAGAAGUUCAAAUGGAAGACGAAGCUGAGACUUUCACAUCCCAGGCCAAGAUUGCUCAGCUUAUGAGCUUGAUUAUCAACACCUUCUAUAGUCGAUCUCCAACUCCUCAAAUGCCCUAGUCAAGAUCCGUUAUGAAUCCCUGACUGACCCAAGCAAGUUGGACAGCGGUAAGGACCUUAAAAUCAAGAUUGUCCCCAACAAGAAUGCUGACUCACUCUCAUGGAUACUGGUAUCGGCAUGAUCAAGGCUGAUUUGGUUAACAACUUGGGUACUAUUGCCAAGUCUGGAACUAAAGCUUUCAUGGAAGCCCUCUCUGCCGGAGCUGACAUCUCCAUGAUUGGUCAGUUUAGUGUGGGUUCCUACUCUGCUUACCUGGUUGCCGACAAGGUGACAGUUCAUUCCAAGCACAAUGAUGAUGAGCAGUAUGUUUGGGAAUCGUCAGCUGGUGGUUCUUUCACCAUCAAGCCUGAUCACAGAGAACCCAUGGGUAGAGGAACCAAGAUUAUCCUCCACUUGAAGGAUUAUCCGAUGGAUUACCUGGAGGAGAAGAAAGUCAAGGAGGUUGUCAAGAAGAACUCACAGUUCAUUUGCUACCCAAUCAAGCUAUUGGUUGAGAAGUAGCGCGACAAGAAAGUGAGCGACGAUGAGGCUGAGGAGGAGGAAAAGAAGCAUGAGAACGACAAGAAAGUUUUACGAACAAUUCAGCAAGAACCUGAAGUUGGGAGUCCAUGAAGAUUCUACCUACGCAAGAAGAUCGCUGACCUCAUCCGUUUCCACACUUCCGCCUCUGGAGAAAACCAGGUUUCCUUCAAGGAAUACGUUUCCCGCAUGAAGGAGAACCAGAAACACAUCUACUACAUCACUGGUGACAACAGAGAACAAGUCAGCAACUCCUCAUUCGUCGAGCGUGGCAAGAAGCGCGGAUUGGAGGUCAUCUUCAUGACUGAGCCCAUUGAUGAGUACGUCGUCCAGCAGCUCAAGGAAUACGAUGGCAAGCAGCUCGUCUCCGUCACCAAGGAGGGUCUGGAACUCCCCGAAGAUGAUGGAGAAACCAAGAAACGCGAGAGCGACAAGGCCAAAUUCGAGGGUCUCUGCAAAAUCAUAAAGGACAUCUUGGACUUCGCUCUUCAACAAACCAGCCCUACACUUGGGGGCCAGCAAGGCCAGCAAAAUAUUUCGAUCGUAGCGUCUUCAGUCGGGAAUCUUCGCAGUCACAGUUGAGCGUCCGCUUUGAUCGGACAAUUAUUGAUGGCCUGUAAGACAUUGUCGUCUUGUUAGAGGCUCAACUGCAUUCUUUGGUUCAAGCCAAGUCUUCCGUUAUCGUCGAUGUCCUUUACCGACCGGAAUACCUUUUCCAGCCUGGCACGGAAGCACAGAAAAAGUGUGACAAUGGCGGAUUCAUUCGCAGAUUGAUUAAACACACCGAACGAUUGCUGGAGGACAAGGAGGAAAAACUUUGCAUCCAAGUUCUCAACACCUUACGUCAGAUGAUGAAUUUCGAUGUUCACAAUGGCGAAAAGGGAGACGCAUUGAGAAAGAAUCUUUUAGUUCGCUACUUUGCCAAACCAGCCUCUCAUAGUUCUAAAAAGACCGAGCUCUAUGGCGGAAGCGGAAUCUCUGGUGCUGGAAUUCAUUCAACAUUAUCUGGUGGUACUGGUGUUGGAGGCGGUGUGGGACAAUCGUCAUCGCUGACAACCCACGGACCUGGAGGACGUCUCCUGUCGCGAGGUGAACUGUGUUUGCCCGAGGUGCAAGUGUACCUGGACCGAGAAGGCACCUCUGAUUUGGUGGCCGAAUUGGUCAUGAAGUCGUCGUUGUUGCCCAACGUUUUCAUGGAAGCGGUCCAGUUGGGCAUCGCUCUGCUGGAAGGCGGCAACCCCGUCAUCCAGCGGAGUCUCUACACGAAAUUGCAGUCGGCCGAGACGAGCGCCAUCUUCUUCAAGGUGUUCCACGACAAAGUCAGAGAGUCGCAAGCGGAAAUCAAGUCCACCAUGUCGGUCAACACGAUCGAAAUGGCCUCGGCGGGUAACAACAAGCUCAAGGACCAUUCCCAUGAAAUGAAGGAUCAUUUCCCGUACGACAUGAAGAUGAAACAUCAACGCAUGAUGUCCACAAGAGCUUCAAACGGUAACGUCACUGUAGGGGAGCGCAUGGAUCCUUACAGUGACUCGUGGAACAGCUCCAGGUUGGAUGAUUCGACUACCACUACAACGACGUUGAGUAGUGUCAACUUGACGCUGGAGGACUUGGUGAGACAACAACAACAACCCAAAUCGUUAACUACGGCAACUGAUUCGGACAUGGAGUCCAAGUUGUCGGCUAAGGUUCUGGUAAUGCUGCCCGUCUUCCGCUUCCUGCAGUUGCUGUGUGAGAAUCACAAUCGAGACCUGCAGAACUUUUUGCGGGCCCAGUCCAACAAAAACAGUUACAAUUUAGUGUCAGACGACACUCAUGUUCCUCGACUGCAUUUGCGGAUCGACGACGGGCGAACUGGGUCUGCUCGGCCUCUACAUUAAUGAGCACAACGUCGCCCUCAUCAACCAAACCCUGGAAACAUUGACGGAAUAUUGCCAAGGACCUUGUCACGAAAACCAAAACUGCAUCGCCACUCACGAGUCGAAUGGACUGGACAUCAUCACGGCUCUUCUUCUUACCGACAUCAAUCCAUUAGGACAACGGAGAAUAGAUCUUGUUUUGGAGUUGAAAAACAACGCCUCCAAGUUGUUGCUGGCCGUCAUGGAGAGUCGUGGCGACAUCGAGAACGCGGAAAGGAUCCUGUACAACAUGAAUCCUCGCCAAUUGGUGGACGUCGCCUGCAAAGCCUAUCACCAAAAGUUGGUCGGUGGAGAAGAGGCGGCCAAUCCGAAAGAAGUCGCCAGUUGGCCACAACAUUUACAUUUUGUGACACCAGUUGGCGCAGCACAACAAAGAAUUGGCCGCCCUGAUGAAACCGCCGCCAGUGGACGGAGUCAGCGGUGAUGCGGCCCUGCAGUACUACGCCAAUCACACGGCGCAAAUCGAAAUAAAUUGUCCGUCACGACCGGACGAUGGAGCAGAUUGUCUUCCCCAUUCCGGAAAUGUGCGAGUAUUUGACCAACGAAACGAAAGUGCGCGUCUUCCACACGGCGGAGCGCGACGACUAGGGAUCGAAAGUGGUCGCCUUCUUCGAAGGAGUCGACGACAUGUUUGACGAGAUGAAAUGGUAGAAGAAAUUGCGCAGACAGCCGUUCCUCUUUUGGGUCAGCUCGCACAUGUCCAUCUGGAGUCAAAUCCUCUUCAAUUUGGCCGUCAUUAUCAACCUGAUUGUCGCCUUCUUUUACCCGUUUGACACUGACGGACCGGCUCCUGAUCCUCGCACUCACCUGUCAGGUCUCAUCUGGGCCGUCAUCCUCCUAUCCGCCGCUGUGGCCAUCACGUUACCCAAACCGUCGGGUAUUAGGACUCUCGUCAUGACAGUCAUCCUCCGGCUUAUUUGCUCAGCCGGCCCUCAACCCACACUGAUGCUCCUUGGCACCGCCACGGUAGUGUUGAAGGGCGUCCAUCUGCUGAGCAUCAUGGGCAACGCCGGGACAUUUCAGCGGAGCGUCAGACUAAUCUGCACGGACACGGAGAUUGUCUACCACGUCGUUUACCUCAUCUUUUGCUUCCUCGGACUCAGCACCCAUCCGUUCUUCUUCUCCGUCCUUUUGUUUGACGUCGUCUACCGCGAGGAGACGCUGCUCAACGUAAUCCGCUCAGUGACGCGAAACGGCAGGUCCAUCGUUCUCACUGCCGUUUUGGCUCUCAUCCUAGUCUACAUGUUCUCCAUCAUCGGAAACGGACAAGAAAGUCGGGAUGGUCGUUAUUUCCAACCGUUGGUCGAGUCUCCCAGAUUAUCGUCAGUUCGUCACCUCCCAGUACGGCUGGACAGCCAACAUGGAGCGUAUCAUGAAGGCUCAGGCUUUGAGGGAUACCUUCACCAUGGAUUACAUGGCCGCCAAGAAGCACUUGGAAAUCAACUCCGACCAUCCCAUCGUCGAAGCCCUUCGCGUCAAAGCAGAGGCUGACAAAAACGAUAAAGCCGUCAAGGAUUUCUUCAUGUUGCUGUUUGAAACCUCUGCUGUCAUCUGGUUUUUCCCUGGAAGAGCUAGCCGUCCAUGCUUCUGAUCUCGCAUCUACCGCAUGAUCAAAUUGGGUUUGUGUGUCGAUGAAGAUGAUGUCCCUGCUGGUGGUGAGGAAGCCGAAGAAGCCGAAGAAGAAAUGCCGCCAUUGGAGAAUGAUGAAAAUGCUUUUCGCUGGAGAAAGGCGAUUAAACGUGUCAAUUACUGUUAUAAAACACAAACUCAGUUUCUCUCAAUUGUUCUUAUUUCAGCGUUUUUGCGAACUGAAAUGAGGGCAUUCAUAUGAUAAAACUAGUCUUAUUUUCUUAAAAUCAUGGCUUUACUUAAUUUGCGUUGCUCCCUCAUUCCUGGCAUUGUAUAACUACGUGUUAAGAGUUGGAAUUUAAUACAACCAAUCGCGGUUUGAUAUAUAAAAA